AGACUUUGAAAACUCUACUUCUUCUUGUUGUUGUUUGGCAGCAUUACCAUAACAAAAUAAGACCGAAACAGAACCAGAACCAAAACCAAAACCGGAGAAGAGAAUGGAAGGGGAGGGUCGUGAAGUGGGGAUUAUCGGAGCUGGGAUAAGCGGAUUAUUGGCAUGCAAGUAUGUGUUGUCAAAGGGAUAUCAUCCUGUUGUGUUUGAGGCAGAAAGCAGCAUCGGUGGGGUGUGGCUCAAAACAUUUGAGACCACAAAGAUUCAGACUGCAAAAUCACUCUACCAAUUCUCUGAUUUCCCAUGGCCUCCUCCUGAUCUACCCACAGAACAAUAUCCUACCCAGGACCAAGUCCUCCAUUAUAUCCAAUCCUAUGCUCACCAUUUUGAUCUCGAAUCACACAUCAGAUUCAAUACCAAAGUUGUCACUCUCACCUAUAAUCAACAACAACAAGAAGAGCAGACCCCUUCUUGGAGCCACCCUUCAUCCUCUUCUAAAGGAAAAGGAAAAUGGAACCUCACACUAUUACACCAUCAAGAACCCAAGGUCUUCCAAGCUGACUUUGUCAUCGUAUGUGUGGGAAGGUUCGGUGGAGUUCCCAACAUUCCUAAAUUUCCAUCUGGUAGAGAUCCCAAUGUUUUCCAAGGCAAGGUCAUACAUUCCAUGGACUAUGCAUCCAUGGACUACCCCGAUGCAAAACAGUUUCUCCGAGGCAAGAAGAUCACUGUUGUUGGCUUUCAGAAAUCAGCACUUGACAUUGCAAUGGAAUCCGCAGCUGUAAAUGGUUUGGAGAAUCCCUGUACAGUAUUAUACAGGACAAAACAUUGGAAUGUCCCAGAUCACCAACCUUGGGGAGUUCCACUUGCUAAUCUUUACCUUAACCGCUUCUCUGAGCUCAUGGUUCACAAACCAGGCGAGGGAUUCCUUCUCUCUAUUCUAGCUUCACUUCUAUCGCCUUUGAGAUGGGCCUCCUCAAAGUUUGUCGAGACUUACAUAAGCCAUAAGCAUCGGCUUGCAAAGUUUGGGAUGAUACCAAAACACAGCUUCUUGCAAGAACUUAGUUCUUGUUUAAUCUCCACAGUACCUGAUGGCUUUUACGACAAGGUUGAACAAGGAAGCAUCAUAUUGCAAGAAGCUCCGACUUUCCACUUCUUCCAAAAUGGUAUUUUAAUUAACGGAGAGACAAAUAUCACCACCUUGGAAACAGAUUUAGUCAUCCUAGCAACAGGAUUCGAUGGUGUCUCCAAGCUAAGAGGCCUUUUUGAAUCCAGAAUCUUCCAGGACUUGUUAACUGAACCACACAACUCACUACCUCUCUACAGAGAAUGCAUUCAUCCCCGGAUUCCACAGUUAGCUGUAAUAGGGUUUUCGGAGAGUGUUACGAAUCUAUUUACCUCAGAGAUUAGAUGCAGAUGGGUGGCAGAACUUCUUGAUGGCACAUUCAUGCUACCGAGCAUACAAGGCAUGGAGAAAGAAAUAGAUAAGUGGAAUGAUUAUAAGAAGUUGUACUCAGGGAAAUACUACAAUAGAUCCUGCAUUGGUGCCCUUCAUAUAUGGUACAAUGAUCAGCUAUGCAAAGACAUGGGCUGGAAUCCUAGGAGGAAGAAGGGAAUAAUAGCAGAGUUGUUUCAGCCUUACGGCCCAAUGGAUUACACUAAUCCUUGACCGAAGUCAUCUGGCUGCUGUUCGUUGUUUUUAUUUGAGUUUUUUUUUUUCAAUUUAAAUAAAGGUGUUUUAGUGAGAAUCAAAACUCUUACCACUUGAAUUUGAGGGUCGAGAGGGUCUGGUUGAUAUUCUUGAUCAGAAUUUCUUAGUCACUCUAUUCCAUGUA